AUGUUUGACGUAUUCGGUUCGGUUAAGGGACUCUUGAAAUUGGACAGCGUUCGAAUAGACAAUAACAUAUUCAGAUUGCAUUAUAAAGCGACCGUUAUUAUGUUAAUUGCAUUUUCACUCCUUGUGACGUCUCGUCAAUACAUAGGAGAUCCCAUAGAUUGCAUCGUCGAUGAAAUUCCUUUAAACGUUAUGGACACGUAUUGUUGGAUAUAUUCAACGUUUACGAUUCCCAAUCGUUUGGGGGGACAAGUCGGGAGUGAAGUCGUGCAACCGGGAGUCGCCGGUCACGUUGACGGAGUCGACGAAGUUAAAUAUCACAAAUACUAUCAAUGGGUUUGUUUCGUACUUUUCUUUCAGGCCGUUUUGUUCUACGUUCCACGAUACCUUUGGAAAACGUGGGAGGGCGGCCGUAUAAAAAUGCUCGUGACGGAUUUGAAUUGUCCCAUAAUAUCCGACGACAACAAAAACGAUCGUAAAAAAUUAUUGAUUGAAUAUUUUGUGACGAAUCUCCACACUCAAAACUUUUACGCAUUCCGUUUUUUCCUUUGCGAAGUCCUCAAUUUCGUCAACGUCGUGGGUCAAAUUUAUUUCAUGGAUUUUUUCCUAGACGGAGAAUUCACGACGUACGGAAGCGACGUCAUCAAAUACACGGAAAUGGAACCCGAACAAAGGACGGAUCCGAUGUCGAGAGUGUUUCCCAAAGUGACCAAAUGCACCUUUCACAAAUACGGUCCUUCGGGAACUGUGCAAAAGUUCGACGGAUUGUGUAUAUUACCCUUGAACAUUGUGAACGAGAAGAUUUACGUUUUCCUAUGGUUCUGGUUCGUUAUACUAAGUGUUUUGACGGGUUUGUCACUCAUAUACAGAGCCGCCGUCGUCAUGUUGCCACAACUUCGGCAAACUCUUUUGCGGGCUCGAUCUCGUUUGGCUCCUCACGACAAAAUCGCGCAAAUCGCUAGAAAAUGUCAAAUCGGCGACUGGUUCAUAUUGUAUCAAUUGGGUGCCAACAUAGAUCCUCUAAUAUACCGGGAAUUAGUUGAAGAUUUGUGCAAGAGGUUGCUGGAAGGAAAGGAGUCUGCUUAG